UAUAAAUCAAACACCUUUCAGAUAAACCAAACCCAAAGUCAGAACAGAACACAAACCACAAUCACCCCCACCUCGCUCCCGCCCAGGCAUUAAUGCUCCCGGUGAAUCCAGACACACCACCACCGCCAUAAUAUCACACACACAAUGACACAUUCCAGCAGUAACCAAACAUCGGCCACACGCGAAUUUAAACACAACAUUCUCAACUGCCUUAACAAACUAUCCGAUCGGGACACACAUUCUGCAGCAUCAUCAGAACUCGAAUCCAUUGCCAAAAACUUAUCUCCAGAUUCCAUCUCACUCUUUAUAUCUUCAAUAUCCGCCACCGACUCUUCUGAUCAUUCUCUUGUCCGUAAACAAUGCGUGCGUUUAAUCGCAACUGUUUCCGAAUUUCACGGAGAUGUUUUGUCAUCCUUUCAGUUAUCUAAACUUAUAUCUGCCGUUAUACGCCGUCUUCGUGAUCAUGACACCUCUGUACGGUCAGCAUGCGUAGCUGCAGUUACCUCCAUUGCGGUCCAUGUGAUUAAACCGCCGUUUACGUCUGUUGUGAAACCGUUAGUUGACGCUUUGGUAACCGAACAGGACAUGAAUUCUCAGAUCGGUGCGGCGUUGUGUUUAGCUGCAGCUGUGGACGGUGCACGUGAUCCGGAUGUGGUUUAUUUGAGAAGGAUGAUACCUAAGAUUGAGAAGCUGUUGAAGUCUGAGAGUUUUAAAGCGAAACCGGCUUUGUUGACGGUUUUAAGGAGCUUGGUUGGCGUUGGUGCUGCUUCCAGUUUGGUGACAGUUAGGAAUUUGGUGAGUGUUUUGGUUGAGUUUGUUGUGAAGAGUGAGGAUUGGAGUGCGAGGAAAGCGGCUGCGGAGGGGCUGCAGAAAUUGGCUCUUGUUGAGGCGGAUUUGGUGUCCGAAUUUAAGGAUUCGUGUUUGAAGACGUUUGAGGCCAAGAGGUUUGAUAAGGUGAAAAGCGUAAGGGAGACGAUGAAUCAGAUGAUCGAGGCAUGGAAGGCAGUUCCGGAUGUGGCUGAGGAGUUCACUCUGCCGGAAUCACAGUCGUCUUGUAAAGGAGCUGAAGUUGCCAGUGAUGGAAGAUAUCCUCCAAGGACUCAGGUGAUUAGCAAGAGAACUGUGCCUAAUGGUUCUUCCACUGCAUCUGCAGCACGUCGCAUUUCGUUGGAAAAUAGUAACAAUAAAACUGGUCCAGCAAUGUUCAGGAAGUUGGAUCGUAAGAAGCCCAAUGAUGAUCAAAAACUUCACACUGCUGCUGCACCUCGUCCUGCAAUUGCAAGUCCAUUGUCUGUGGACGCCGAUCAUGUUACCAAAAAAUAUGUGAAAACAGGAGCAAAACAAGCCCUUUCUAAUGAGACUGUUGAUGAAGAUGUGCAAGAGUCUAAAUAUCACAAUGCAAGGUUAAGUUCCACUAUUGUAGGGAGUAACAUCACGGAGGAUAUCCGCAAAAGCCACAAAGAUUCCGAGGAGUUAUCUUUGAUUCGCAAUCAACUCGUCCAGAUUGAGACCCAACAGUCCAAUCUGUUUGAUCUCCUCCAGAAAUUUAUCGGAAGCUCACAGACUGGGAUGAGAUCACUGGAAACACGAGUGCAUGGUCUAGAGCUAACACUGGAUGAGAUCUCGUUUGACUUGGCCAGGUCAACUGGAAGGUUGUCACAUACAGAACCUGCAGACACCUUAUGCUGCAAAUUACCUGGUGCCGACUUUUUGACUUCUAAGCUCUGGAAGAAAAUGGAAAUUCAGCAUUCAAACACCAGAAUUUCUUCAUCUCCAUUUACAGCAACAGGCCAUAUCAAUGGCAAUCAUAUGAAUCUUAAUUCACGUGACCCAGAGAACAGGGGAUUUCGACGUCAUGGAGGUGGUAAUGGGUUAAUCAAGAAUCCAUUGGCCGAGGUCCAUCGGAACGCCCAUGUGAUUUCUGAGUAUUAAUUCUCAAAUAGGCUUUUGAUGCCUAUCUUGCUCUGUCAUAUCUUCUGCCACAGGUUUCGUUACAGGAACUUGUUACACGUGUUAGCGUUACUACUAGCGUUAGGCUCAUGAAUACAUUAUAGAAGCAAAUUAUAUGAUGCAUUAUCAUAAAUGAGUGGAUUUGGAGAAGCUUUGAUUGUGUAUAUAUGUUGAUAUUACUGCCAUCAUGAGACUGCUUCUUGGCUGCGGCUAGGAAUUUGAAGAUUAAUAUCAAUUCAACAGGGUUUAUCGUCUUUUGAUGAAUUUGAGCAAUGUCUGCUCCCAUUAAUUUAUUUGGUCGUUUCGACUAUUUUUUCCCCCUCACA